AUGAGCCACCCAUGUAUGAAAAGUCUGCUGUUCCUCUUGUCCACCUUGUGCCUCUGCUCCAGCCAUUCCCCGGUUCCUCCAUUGCGUUUCUCGGCGUUCCUCGACCCCACACACCAGAUCUACCUGCGGUGGGACCAUGAAGACAGUAGCAGCUUGAUGACUUUUGAGCUGGAAGCCAAGACAACGGGAUGGGUGGCUUUUGGCUUCACUGUUCACGGAGAGAUGACCGGGGCAGACUUUGUGAUUGGCGGGGUCCUUCCCGAUGGCAACGUCUAUUUCUCAGUAAGAUGAAAAUAAUAUGAGCUGUCGUUUCCUCUUUGCAAGGAGUUUGUAUCUGCACAUACCGGGGCAGGGAGUGGGAGGCUGCUUUCGUUGUGACGGAAGUUACAAAUGGAUCUAGAGGUGAUGAUUUCACAGGACCAGGAGAACUUGUGCUUCCAGAGAGGUAUCAUUGUGUAGGUUCCUUAACAUAACAGACCCAUUGAACAUACAGUUCAGCUUGCAGAUGGGGCCACACUUGGCUGCCCAGCUGAAGGUAAAGGGAUGGUAUAGCACUAGAAAAUGGAGUGUGCAACCUGUGCUGUCUGAGCAUGCUAUGAUGAGGAUGGAGAUGGAGAUAAUUAAGCCCUGCCCAUCUGACUGGGUUGCCUCAACCACUCUGGGCAGCUUCCCCCCCCCAAAAAAAACCAGGAAAAACAGCAGCAGCAACAAACAUUAUAAGCUUCCCAAAACAGGGCUGCCUUCAGAUGUCUACGAAAAAUCAUAUAGGUGUUUUAACUCUUUGACAACAGCUGAAAGGACAUUUCACAGGGCAGGUAUGACUGCCGAGAAGGCCCUCUGCCUUGUUCCCUGUAGCUUCACUUCUCGCAGUGAGAGAACUACUAGAUGGCCCUCAGAGCUGGACCUCAGUGUCCAGGCUGAAUGAUUGGGGUGGAGACGCUCCUUCAGGGCUGAGGCCGUUUGGGGCUUUAAAGGUCAGCACCUGUGCUUGAAAACUGGCCCUGAAUGUCUGAGCUGCCUCCAUUCAACAGCCUUGUGUUUGGGUAAUACAUAUGUCCUAUCUGCAGUGCUUGUUUGUAUUGCAGUAAAAUGAUAUACAUACAUAGAUGUUCCAGAGCAUGGAUAUAGAGAUUGACUAGCUCUCAGAACAGGGAAGGUUGUCUGUACUGUGUUUCAGAUGAGUUUGGUAGGCAUUUUUCUUACUUCCUUAGCCUCCAUAUUUUACUCAUGGCCCAGCACCCUAUACAUUGUCAUAAAGUAGUGAUCUGAAAACGGCCAUUUUUCACUAUUGCUGCUGCCCUUUAGAAUGCUCCUUACUCUGCCAUACACAAAGCAUUAAUUACUGGCUUCAGACAGGCUUUCCUGGAUUCCUGUUUUUAGCUCUGUUUUUAUCGUUGUUUUCCUGCAUAUUUUGUACACUGCUCAGAAUUUCUUAAAGUAUUCCGUAGUUUAGAAAUACUUUUAAAGAAGAUACAGUAUGCCUCUCAGCUAGGGAUGGCAACAAAUUGUGCCCCAGAAGAAAAGAUGAGAUGGAUUUGGAAUUAGCAUGGACAUGCACAUUAGUGGUCAAAGGCUAUCCCCCCCAAAAUGUGUUGCUGAUGAGGAAUUUGAAUGCAGGUGUCCCCAGUUGAAAUCCACCAGACCACACUGGCUCUUUUGACUUCCUGUGUUUCCAAAAGUUUGUUCUCCCUGUUUCACUCAGGACUGGCAUGGUGUAGAUGAAGAAACUGUCUUGGAGGAUGAAAGCCAAGACUAUGAGCUGCUGUCCUUGACCCAGGAUGAGACAACCACAACCAUGGCAUUCAGGCGAUAUUUCCGUACCUGCGAUGAGCAUGACCUGGACAUCACGGUAACCAAAGCAGCCAUAUCCAGCUACAGUUCACAUCCAAGUCCAGCGGGCUUUAGAGCGGAUCGUGUCCUAGCACUUUUAAAAGUCUCGUUUGCUAAAAUGCAAGAGGCUGAAGUGGGUGCUUCGCACUCCCAAUAAAAUCAGUGGCACUUAAAAAAAACCACACAACUAAAAUAUUAAUGCAACGGUACUUAGAGGAAAAGGUUUGUAACAUGAGGUUCGUGGUUGGGUGUGACUCGGGGGGAAAAAUAUGGAAUGAUCCCACAUCUUCCCCUCUCUGCCCCCCAGGCUGUUCUGGGGGGUGGAGAGGGAGGAGAGAAGAGGCAAGCCCUAUUGUGCAAGCAGAAGUCUUUUUGCAGCGCUUCCACUGGUGCUGCUGCUUAGACGAAUCCCACCAAAAAUAUAGCAAAUGGGAGGAUUUUACUUUCUUUCUCUUCUUUUUUUAACAUCUUUAUUGAAAAUGCAAAAAGUGCAUAACUAAAUGUGCACUAAACAUGGUGAGAUGUAAAUAAAAGAGUGAAAAAGAGAGAAACAGCACCCGUGGAAAAGGGAAAAUAAUGGGGGGAAACCCCAAAACUGUAUAUUUUACAAAGUUGUUAUUGUACUUCCCCAGAUCUUAACCUAUUACAGCAUUUGUAAGAAUGGAUUCCAAAUGCCAUUGAAUUUGUCCAUGGCAAGUUUGCGUUUAUAUGCAAGUUGUUCAUAUGUUGCGAGUUUGGAUAAGUCUUCAAUCCAAUUGUAGAAGGGAGCCGCAUUUUUAAUUUUUCCAAUUCAUCAGUAUCAGUCUUUUUGCCGUGGUCAGGGCAAGGAGAGUCCACUCAGAUUGUCCUUUUGUAAGGUUCCACAUCUAUUCUUUUAGUUGCCAGCUUACCUGCAACAAUAUGAUAACGGAGGGGAGAUUUAUCUUUUUAACUUUUCCCUGCACAGGGUGACACACUACGACUGAUUGCUGGCUAUGGUACGGAUGACACAAUUGACUUCUUCAAAGGGAGAAUAAUCCACAAAUCUCUUUUCUUGAUGCUGCUGUCAACUGAAGAUGAAUUGCACUCACCCAGUGUCUACAAGGUGUAUGACCUGAAGCUCAACGAUGUGAGUAGUACCUCCCUAGCUGCCUUACAGCAAAGUGGAUGGAUCUUGUUGGAUAUUUCCAUUCAGCACCAAAAAGUCUCAGUGUUUCCCAUUAAGACAGAUUUCAUUCAUUUAUUCAAACUAGUGAUCGUGUUAUUGACACGGGCGUAUAUUUUUCACUGUUUGCUUUUCAGCAUACGUAUUAUUGCAGCUUGAAGUAAAAAUACAAAUUUGCAAAUCACUUAGACAAAUAAUAAUAUUGUAUUGCAAAUAAAUAUAUUGACAUUGGUUUCUUCCACGCUAUUAAACUCAUUUUAACCAUUUCAGAAGAGUGGCUGAUUGUACAAAGCUCCUUCCUUCACUGUUCAAAUCACCCUCUGCAACAUUUUUUUCUUUCUUUUCUUGCGCUGUUCCUUUUUGCUUAAAUCAAGGGAAAUUCAGUUGCUCGACUUUAAGAGAGUUAGGCACUCAUCUUCCCCUAGAGCCUUCUUAGCACUAAAUGUUGUCCAACAACAUUAAACCUAUUUGCAAAACUUUUUUAAAAAUUCAAACUGAUGAGUAAGUUUUUUCUGUAGCAGCAAUUUCCCCAAAGCAUUUCUGGCAAGGUAACAUUUUUAACCUAAAUGUGUGAGUUAGAAAACCUCCUGAUUUUAUAGUGGAACAGUUUCAGAGGAUGUGCUGCUAAACCUUAACACUAAGAAUUCAGAAAACAGAACACCAGAACAGAGAGAUAGAAAGAGAGAGAAAAGGAGAACAAUAUCCAUCCAGCAGAUUUUCCCAGACAUUUCCCAGACGUAUGGCAGCCCUAUCUCAUCUGAGUAUUACAACGAUUGAAUACAACCCAAUGUAUUCUGGUGGGUGGGGAGACUGAUCUACCACUGACCCAGAAGAUGAGCAUUGUUGCAUCCUGCUAGCGCAGUGGAUUCAAGAAUACAGUGGUACCUCAGGUUACACAUGCUUCAGGUUACAGACGCUUCAGGUUACAGACUCCGCUAACCCAGAAAUAGUACCUUGGGUUAAGAACUUUGCUUCAGGAUGAGAACAGAAAUCACGUGGUGGCGCGGUGGCAGCGGGAGGCCCCAUUAGCUAAAGUGGUACUUCAGGUUAAGAACAGUUUCAGGUUAAGAACGGACCUCCAGAACAAAUUAAGUUCUUAACCUGAGGUACCACUAUAGUCAUUUGCUCAAAGGAAAUCAAGUAUUCUCAUGAUCAAACUCUUAAUAGCAGGAUACCAUAGUAGGAUGUCAGCAACAUACAAGCACUCUUCAAAGGCGAAACCUGCCAAUGCAGGGAAAUUCCUUUCCGGCCCUUUAACAGCGACCUUAACGUAGCAGCUUCCUUUUUGAGAGCCAGUGUGGUGUAGUGGUUAAGAGCGGUAGACUCGUAAUCUGGGGAACCGGGUUCGCUUUUCUUCAAAAAGGUUGACACCAAGCGGUCCACAACCUGCCAUCCCUUCAGUCACAACCUCCAAUCUGCUGCCCAAGGCAAAUUGAGUUAUCUUACCUCAUGUUAGGGCCAGCCUUCACUUUUUUAUUGUAAUAGAAAAUUCCAGAAGCUGGCAACCCUACAACGCUCAGCGUUGUUUUGACUUUGUUUUGCAGUUCCCUAUCCCAGAGGAUGACACCACCUAUGCCUGCACUUUCAUACCGUUGCCAAUAGUCAAGGAAAAACAUCACAUCUACAAGGUAACUGUGGGAAAGAAGCAUAGAAAGGUUUCAGCUGAAGACCUCACUGUAAGCCGUUUUUUAGGAGGAGAAAAUGAUGGUUUCAGGUGAUGGUGGAGGGGGUGUCACAUCAACACUGACAAACGAUGCACUCCAUCCAAUGAAGGGGGAGGAAUUUAAAUUCGCUUGAAAAUUCCCCCAGGGACCACUCGAUAAACUUUUGCUGUUGUUUGAUAACUCCAAUGCACAUAAGUAAUUCAUAUUUUAUUAACAUUUCUUCUUCUUCAGCACUGGGAUCACAGACUCCCACCCCCUGCCCACAAGUGCCCCUGUUUUCCAGGGACAGUCCUGGAUUAAAAAGGUAAAAGGUGGCGCUGUGGUCUAAACCACUAUGCCUCUUGGGCUUGCCGAUCAGAAGGCCGGCGGUUCAAAUCCCUGCUGUGGAGUGAGCUCCUGUUGCUCUGCCCCAGCUCCUGCCAACCUAGCAGUUUAAAAGCACACCAGUACAAGUAGAUAAACAGGUACCACUGCAGCAGGAAGGUAAAUGGUUUUUCUGUGCGCUCUGGUUUCCGUCAUAGUGUUCCGUUGCGCCAGAAGGGGUUUAGUCAUGCUGGCCACAUGACCCGGAAAGCUGUCUGUGGGCAAAUGCUGGCUCCUUUGGCCUGAAAGCGAGAUGAGCGCCGCAACCCCACAGUCACCUUUACCUUUUACCCUGGAUUUACAGAAGCCAUCCCGGUUAAUGAAGUAGUCACUGUUUUUCCUUCUUUCUUUCCUCUGUCUACAGUUUGAGGCCAUGAUCACACCUCGAAACGAAACCAUGGUUCACCACAUCCUGGUUUAUGCGUGUGGCAAUGGCAGUGUGCUGCCGACUGGGGUCAGCGACUGCUACGGAGCUGAUCCUGAUUUUGCCCUCUGCUCCCAGAUAGUCGUGGGCUGGGCUGUAGGAGGAGGGGUGAGUAUGUGGGAACUUCCCAGGCCAUGAGAACUGCUUUUUCACCUGUGGUCAAACUACUGCAGUGAAGUUCAAAACUGAUCUCUGAGAGAGUUUUGGUGCUGUGGUGUUUUUUUUAAAUUGGUUCCAGGGUUUCAUUGUUUCUGGGUUCAAUUCCCCGGGGCUAAAUUUUCCUGAGCGUGUGCCACUGAAGUGAAUGGGAAGCUCAGCAAAGGUGUCUGGUCCAGUCUAGAUACUGGGCUGGGGUUUGUAGCUUUCUGAAUAAAGGGCCUUCCUAAAAACUUUCAGCUCCCUUAACAAGCUACCAUUCACUGGUGCCAUACGACUAUUUUAAAUAUUUCGUCUAGAAGAUGUGAUCGCUAUUGAUCCCUGCCAGAGGUUUUACGGCCUUAUGUGUCUACCCAACAGUAAAUCCCAUUGAGUUAAAUGAGUCUUACAGACCUUCCAAGUGUCCCUAUUUUCCAGGGACAGUCCUGGAUUUAUAGAAGCUUUCCCGAUUUCUGAUCUGAUUCCAGAAUGUCCCACUUUUCCUUAGGGAGUUAUGUGACCCCCCCAAGCCAAGGAGAUAAGUAACCUUUAGAAGACAUAUGAAGGCAGUCCUGUAUAGGGAAGGUUUUCUCCCAUAAGGUUUAAUUGAUGUUUAAUGUUUUAUUAUGUUUUUAUAUAUAUUGGAAGCCAUCCAAAGUGGCUGGGACAACCCAGUCAGAUGCAUGAGGUACUAUUAUUAUUAUUAGUAGUAGUAGUAGCAGUAGUAGUAAAUAGGACGCCCCUAUUUUCUUUGGAGAAAUGUUGGAGGGUAUGGACUUACUCACAGGUAAAUGGGUUUAGGACUGCUGCCUCACUGAAUUUGUAAUAUUACUGACUUCUGUGCAACAUCAAGCUCAGAAGCCAAGGGAACAGGGGACGCAACAGUCAACUGAUCAUUUUUUAAUAGCUGUUUUUCUUCUCCCCCACCAACCAACUAGAGCUACAUGUUCCCAGAUGAAACUGGAAUCUCCUUAGGUACGCCAAUUGAUCCCCAGUGGAUCCGGUUAGAAGUCCACUACAGCAAUUUUAAUGGCAUUCCAGGUGAGUAAAGCACACAUAUUGAUUGCGUAAGAGGAAGGUGAUGUGUUGAUGAGGGGCAGGGAACACGGCCAGAGCAUGGGGAGAGAAAUUGGGCAUGCUUUACUGGGGGGGGGGGGACUAAGGGACUACAGCAUAGGCUUCCGACCUAUUUCCAGGAGGGGGGAAAUUGAGGCUAAAUUGUAGGUGAUGGUUGAGGAUGUUUAUGAAACUUAUCUGAGGAUCUCAGGGGCGGGAAAACUUGUACCGAAAGCUCCAGGAGUUGUAGUUUGACAGAUAUGUGCCUCUCUCAAGAACUACACGUCUCAGGGUUCCUUAAUUCCUGCUGGUGUUUCCUUUGCAGAGGAAAGGAGAGCCAGUGGGGGGAGUAUGGCAGUCCUAGACAUACAAAGAGUGAUGGACACAGGAAGGCCAGCUUCUGCAUUUGGAGGCCUUUUUUGUUGUUGUUGUUUUUUGGUCUUACUGGAUUAGAAGUGUCUGUGGAGAAAUGUUAGGGCAGCUGCUAUUGAGCACCAGGAGACAUGGACAAUGGGAGAUGCUGGUGUUGGGGACUGUGGCCAGCGGAAGCACUGAUAGAGUCGUACCUUGGAUCCCAAACGCCCUGGAACUCAGACGUUUUGGCUCCCGAAUGCCGCAAACCCCGAAGUGAUUAUUCCGGUUUGAGAACGUUCUUUUGGACCCUGAACGUCCGACAGGGCUUCUGUAGCUUCUGAUUGGCUGUAGGAGCUUCUUGCAGCCAAUCAGAAGCUGCAGUUUGGUUUUUGACCGUUUUGAAAGUCGAACGGAUUCCGCUCGACUUCCAAGAUACAACUGUACUUGGAAAACGCUUCUGGAGUUAUCUGAAUGGUGCUUCUAUAAAUAUUCAUAUUUCUUCACGUCCUUUAGUAAAUAUUUAUCACUAUGAGGAACUUUGCAGGAUAGUGUGAGGUAGGCCCCAUGUGUCACACUGGUAAGACUUGAGGGUCCAUCUACGCCAGCAAUGUUUACCAGUCAGAUGCCUCUGGAAGUUUGCAAGUAGGACAUUAAGUUGAUGUCCUGUUUGUCUGUUUGUUGUUGAAUGUACAAGUAAGGAAAAGGUAAAUGGACCCCUGAGCAUUAUGUCCAGUCAUGACCGACUCUGGGGUUGCGGCGCUCAUCUCGCUUUAUUGGCCAAGGGAGCCGGCAUACAGCUUCCGGGUCAUGUGGCCAGCAUGACUAAGCCGCUUCUGGUGAACCAGAGCGGCGCACGGAAACGCCGUUUACCUUCCCGCUGGAGCGGUACCUAUUUAUCUACUUGCACUUUGAUGUGCUUUCGAACUGCUAGGUGGGCAGGAGCAGGGACCAAGCAGGGAGCUCACCCCAUCGUGGGGAUUCGAACCGCCGACCUUCUGAUCAGCAAGUCCUAGGCUCUGUGGUUUAACCCACAGCGCCACCCGCAUCCCUUUUGAAUGUACAAGUAGAUGUAUACUAUCUUGAUUAUCGGAAGCCCCCCAAAUUUUCACUCACGUGGUAAAGUGGCCUCUCACCACAGGCUUAUCCACUCUUCUGUUUGCCCCACCGCUUUCCCCUGGGAAAACCAGUGGUUUAGCGCUAAAUCAGAGCAAACAGCAAUUGAGUUCUCCACAGAGCAGGAUUUCUGGGGGAAAGCAGCAGGGCAACGGCAAAACCGCUCAGACCCAUGCCUAGAAAGCAGAAAACAGUUUGGACUCAUGAUUUUCUAGGCAUGGAACAAAGUGAAGUGUGAACAAACCCUAUUUUCAGUUGCACUGAAACUUAUACAGAACCAGUUGCUCAGCUGCAGGUUUUCUUUCCUAAGGCUUGAUUGACAACUCGGGGAUACGACUCUAUUAUACUACGGAGCUGCGUCCUUAUGACAUGGGGGUUCUACAGACAGGAUUCUUCACAUUUCCAAUCCAUUUCCUGCCCCCUGGAGCCGAGUCCUUCAUGUCCUAUGGUGUCUGCAAUACCAGUCAGUUUGAUGAUGUAAGUUCCGGAGUAUUCCACAGCCCUUCGCCCUCCCCAGUUCAGUAACAAAUGCUAGCACUGAGCGUUGAUACUUCAUAUUCAGGCUACUAUUUCAAAGACAUGCUCUUAUUGCAUUCUAUAUAAAAGCUCUACAAAGAGCAGCUCAGGGUUAAGGUCAGACUCCCCGUUCCAUGGGAAACACAUGCACAUUUCCCCAGCAGAAAGCAGCCAUGGAGGCUAACGGGCUGAGCAGGGGAACCGCAGGGAACGGGGCUGCCCUAGCAGUAGGGAUGGAGACAGGGCUCAGCCUCCAGCUGUAAAAAUGUCUUGCAGUGGCAACUGCAGGCGAGAAGUGCUUGUUCCUCACUGUGGAGAGAAAUUGAAGCUAGGACAAAUUCUUGAGCUUUUUGUGUGGGCUUGCCAGUGUUGUUCUCCAGGUUCCAGGCUCCAGGCUCCUGCAUCUUUUACGUUUCAGAGGAGGGAGGGAAGGAAAGAGGGGCAUUCAUGGCAUCCCAUGGUGCCACGGCACACUGGUUGAAAACCACUGCUGUAGCUAAUAAGCAGCAAAUUGCCAGCAUGGCUGUUUUGGUGCUGAAAUUUGGCUGCCAGAACAUUCCAUAGAUGUCUGAUGAUUUCCUGAGAUGUUUGCCAGGGCAAGUGUUCAAAGCAUAGUGGCCAGAUCAGCAACGGAGGAAGCUGUUCUGGAGCCUGGGGGUGGGGCGAGCUGCCCAGAGGGACGGGGCGCAUUGCAGGGCCUCCGGGGUCUGCCUGCCUCCUCCCACAAAGCCGCCCUACAGCUGGGGGGGAGGUAGAGGGCAGACCGUUUGGGCAGUGGGGAGCCUGCGUGCGCCCAAGCCACCCAUCUCUCCCAGGAGAGAUGCGUGGCUCACGUGCGCUGCAGGCCCCGCGGUGAGUGCUGCCCGGCAUUUUGUCACCCCCUUCAGUGGUGACACCAAAGGUGGCCCAUACCCAUGGACCCCCUCUUCCUCCGCCCCUGGGCCAGAUGCCAUUCAUGGGCCUUUUCCUCCUGUUUUUGGAUUGCAGAUGAAUGGCGUUCCAGUGCCUGAUAUGCAUGUCUUUGGUUACUUGCUGCAUACCCACUUGGCUGGGUUGGGAGUGAGAGGAGUCCAGUACCGGUAAGAAAAGCCAGUGUCUAUGUGGGCCACACUAGUUUUUUGGUGUGGUUUUUUUACUUCUGUUAAUUUGUUUUUAUUUACAACAUUUGUUUGUGAUACAAAACAAACAAAUAAGCAAGGAAAGGUACAUAUAGUGUCUCCACUUUCCGUUCAUAGCCUUUUUCACAGUUCGUUUACAUUCGGUGUGAGACACUAUUGCCCUAGAGGCCUAGACAUUGCGGGGAAAAGAGGUAUAGCAUGGAUCACUCCCAGUUUUCAAAUGAAAGCACCCCCAUUAUUCUGCAACAAGUGAAGGCCUGUGUACUCAUGGUGUGUAAAGGUAAAGGACCCCUGGACAGUUAAGUCCAGUCAAAGGCAUUUGUCCACAGACAGCUUUCUGGGUCAUGUGGCCAGCAUGACUAAACCAUUUCUGGCGCAACAGGACACCAUGACAGAAACCAGAGCGCACGGAAACGGCGUUUACCUUCCCGCCGCAGUGGUACCUAUUUAUCUACUUGCACUGGCAUGCUUUCAAACUGCUGGGUUGGCAGGAGCUGGGAUGGAGCAACAGGAGCUCACCCCAUUGCAGGGAUUCGAACUGCUGACCUUCUGACUGGCAAGCCCAAGAGGCUCAGUGUGUAACAGGUGGGGGACAGGAACACAGACAGAAAACUCAGUUCACUGUUCAUACUGAAGACUGAAACACAACCAACAGAUGUCAUUUCACUUAGUAAUAUUAGCUCUUAGAAAUGUUUGUCAGGAAGGCAUUAGAUCAGAUCCUGGUUGCAUCCCAGUUACAGUUUUCUCUCAGCGGCAUCUCAGGUUUGUUUGUCUCUCCUGUUUCUUUGUCUCCACACCCCCACCCCACUCCCAGGAAUGGAGAGCAGCUGACUGUCAUUUGUGAAGACAACAAGUACGAUUUCAAUCUCCAGGAGACCAGAGGCAUGAAGGAGGAGGUCAUUUUCAAAUCAGUACGUCAUCUCAGUGUUUCCCUUUGGACCACACUUUGGUGGUAAGAAGCAACUUUCAGCAGCGACCCUUUGCUGCUAUAGGUUUGACCCCGCGUCCUCUUGUGUUUUACAGGGAGAUGAGUUCCUGGUGGAAUGUCACUAUCAAACCAAAGACCGGACAGGGUUGACCUUCGUAAGUCCUUGACUGAAAACCACCUAAGCCAGGGGUCAGCAAACUUUUUCAGCAGGCAGCCGGUCCACUGUCCCUCAGACCUUGUGGGGGACCAGACUAUAUUUUUUGGAGGGGAGAAUGAAUGAAUUCCUAUGCCCCACAAGUAACCCAGAGAUGCAUUUUAAAUAAAAGGACACAUUCUACUCAUGUAAAAACACCAGGCAGGCCCCACAAAUAACCCAGAGAUGCAUUUUAAAUAAAAGGACACAUUCUACUCAUGUCAAAACACACUGAUUCCCAGACCGUCCGCGGGCCGGAUUUAGAAGGCGAUUGGGCCAGAUCCGGCCCCCAGGCCUUAGUUUGCCUACCCAUGACCUAAGCAUUAGGGGGAAGGUGGUUUCAGGAGAGGGCAACUUUUGCUAAAUCCAAUCUUGCUGUCCCCAGAAUAUCCAAAUAUUUUAGUAACAGCUUGCAGGGCCACCUAAGGUUUCCGGGUGUGGUGGAAGGAGGGGAAAGCACAGGCCAGUAUCAGGGGAGUUGUGGGGUGAGAUAUGGGGCAGAAUGCGCAGAACAAGGCUGAGAUGUGGAUUUGUGAACAAAUCCCACAAAUCCCUUACUGAUUCCCACCUGCCAGGGAAUUGACCCAGUUCCUACUGUACAAAAGCACAGGACUGUAGUGCCUGUCUCUGCUAUUCUUCCUGCACAGCACUGUCUUGACUCUGGCUGUGCUGAGACCUGGAGCAAGCAAGAGCUGCUGUUGUGCUGCGGCCAAAACUGUUAUGUACUGAAGUUCUCACCCUGGGCCAGCAGGGGGAUACUGUAGAUAGUUAUGCAAAUUAGGGAUCGAAAGUGACGUUCAGUGAUUGGAUAGUUUUAGAAAAUUGUUACAGUACGUUGUACUGGAGCUCUAUAUAAGCAGGCUGGCUGAACCCUUCAGUCCAGUUCUGUUCUGGCCUGUGAAUAAACAAGAGCUGUUUGAAGAAUCGCUGUGUUGUCUGAUAUGUUCACUCACAACUUAACAAAAACCCUCUCUCUCUCUUUUUACAAUAUUUUAAUUGGUUUUUGCAGUUUACAUUUGUCUUCAAAUCAUAAUCAUAAUUAUAAUCAUACACAAAGAAUUCCCUCUGCCCCUCCGUGGAUUCCAUUGACAUUCCUUUUUCAACUGCAUCUUAUACGAUUCUCCAUUUUCUUAAAAUUCCCUAUUUCCCCAUAGUUCUUGUUACAUUACAAGUGUUGUUACAGUCCUGCCAAAGUUUUUAGUUGUUUACAAUGUUCUCGGAGGUAACAUAUAAAUUUUUCCCAUUCCCCCUUAGCAAAAUUUCUAUCUUCUUGAUUUCUGAUCUUCCUGGUCGUUUUUGCCAUUUCGGCGUAAAUCCAUCAUCUUUAUCUCUGGCCGGCACUUUGUCUUCUUUCUGUCUCUGGGCCAAAAGUAUCCGCGCUGCUGUCGUCACGUGCGUAAAUAGUCUUUCCUGCUCCUUUGUUAUACAGUGGUACCUCGGGUUACAUAUGCUUCAGGUUACAUACGCUUCAGGUUACAGACUUUGCUAACCCAGAAAUAGUGCUUCAGGUUAAGAACUUUGCUUCAGGAUGAGAACAGAAAUUGUGCUCCGGCGGCGCGCCAGCAGCAGGAGGCCCCAUUAGAUAAAGUGGUGCUUCAGGUUAAGAACAGUUUCAGGUUAAGAACAGACCUCGGGAACGAAUUAAGUACUUAACCCGAGGUACCACUGUAUCUGCACCUAAAAUUCCUAAUAGAAAAGCUUCUGGUUUUUCAAAACUCUUGCAUCUUAAAUGAAUUUGGCCUUUGUUUUCCCUCAGGGCGGACCAAGUACUCUGAACGAAAUGUGCCUGGCCUUCCUCUUCUACUAUCCUCGAAACAACAUCUCCAGCUGCAUGGGAUACCCAGACAUUCAGCAGGUGGCCCGUGAGCUGGGCCAAGAGGCAGCAGAGUAAGUGUUUCUGAGAAGGUGCCUGAAUGCCACGGCAGGACACAGGCAGCAUCCGAUCCGCAAUCGUGUUGCAGGACAGAGGCAGGCAGACCGUUCUAAGGCAGCGGUUGCCAAUCCACGGUUUUUUGUGGGGGCUAAACAGGCCUCCUUAAGUGGAUUUUUCGGGGGGAUGCAUGCAAUCCAAUCCAUUUUGGCAGCAGUGUCCAAAAAGUAAAAAUAAUAGGGCUCAGCCCCCACCACCCUGAUAGGGAUUUAUACUUGUUUUAUUUAUUGAAUUUAUAUACCGCCCUAUACUCAGGGCGGUUCACAGAAAAGAUCACAGUAUAUAAAAUCAAAAUAAGAACAAUAACCUAAUAAUACACCCCCCCCAAAAUAGCCACAUUUUGAAAGGGUAUGGGAUGUCAAUCAGGUCAACCUGGUUAAAAAAGAACAUUUUUGCCUGGUGCCUAAAGGUGUAUAAUGAAGGCGCCAGGCGAACUUCCCUGGGGAGAGCAUUCCACAGGCGGGGAGCCACCACAGAGAAGGCCCGUUCUCGUGUUGCCACCCUCCUGACCUCUCAAAGGGGAGGCACACAAAGGAAGGCGUCAGAAGAUGAUCUCAGGGUUUGGGUAGGUUCAUAUGGAGAGAGGCAGUCCUUGAGGUAUUGCGGUUCUGAGACGUUUAAGGCUUUAUAGGUCAGAACCAGCACUUUGAAUUGGGCCCACCCUCAUUCAUCAGAUCUAUCAUGUGAUGGUGUGGGGAACAGGUGGUAAUCUCCCUCAUCAGCUGAUCCACAGAGUUCUGGGUGGCUGUGUGCCCCUGGGUGUAACUGCCUUGGGAAGGCGGCUGUGUAGAUUAUCCACACUCAAUACAAGCAUGAGCCCCCUGGAGGGUUGCCUGAGGUAAUUUGGGUCAUUGUCAAGCCAAAGAAAGGGUUAGCCACUCAUCCCUGUUCUGAAGUGUGAUGGAAGAAGUUGGAGCCACCCAUUGGUUGCCUUCCUGGGUAGAGAAUGUGUGUUUAAAGCUCAAACCACAUUCAUCCUCCUUCGGAAGGCCCAUACGUCUUCAUUCUUCCAAGGUCAGCCUCUCUUUCCAUGCUGCCAACUUCCUAUGGCACAGCCCCUGUGAAGCAUUAAUCUUCUUUUCCUGUGUUGCUCCUCAAUUUCUCCCCUCCAGUGCAAUGGAAGGAAUGAUGGCUGUAAACUUGGUGGAAUGGGACCAAGAGACCAUCAAGAAAGCAGAGAAGGCUUGCAAGGAGGCCAAUCAGAUUGUGGUCAUCAAAACAAUUGAUGUAAGCAAGGUUUUGGGGGCAUUUUUUUUGUAUUUGGUGUUAACAUCAGCUGGAAAAAUCAGAAAGGGGAUCCAAAGUUUCUCUGGUUUCCUUGCAGUUCCCUCCUUUGGCCAGGACUUGAUGGUGGCAGCAUAGGCUGACUCCUUGUCUUACACCCUUCUGCUCCUAGGACAGGUCCUGCUCUUGGUUCAUUCAAGUCCCGAGUCUGACACCGACCCAUAAGGAACAAAUGACACAUUAUGUUGGUGAAGGAGCUGUGUCUUUAAGUGUGGGGUGAGGUGGGAUUAAAGGAAUGGCUAAUGCAAGAGGGUUUGAUCCAGAUCAGGACCCUACACUGGGGGAAAUAGAGGUGGUUUAACCAAUGGUCCCCUCACAACUGCAAUUUCCACAGGGGGGAAAGCUCCUGAUAAAGCAAAUGGGAAGUUUUUCCAAGGCAAACUCCAGACACAGGCCCCAUGUAAUAUUUAGAACCACAGAGCCUAGGGCUUGCCGAUCAGAAGGUCGGUGGUUUGAAUCCCCGUGACGGGGUGAGCUCCCGUUGCUCCUGCCAACCUAGCAGUUUGAAAGCAUGUCAAAGUGCAAGUAGAUCAAUAGGUACCGCUCCGGCGGGAAGGUAAACGGCGUUUCCGUGUGCUGCUCUGGUUUGCCAGAAGCGGCUUAGUCAUGCUGGCCACAUGACCCAGAAGCUGUACGCUGGCUCCCUCGGCCAAUAAAGCGAGAUGAGCGCUACAACUCCAGAGUCGUCCAUGACUGGACCUAACGGUCAGGGGUCCCUUUACCUUUUAAAGGCUUAAAGCUCCCCUACCCUCACACAAGAGCACAAAUCAAAAUCUUUGGGGGGUGUCCAGCAGUGCAUGAGUGGAGUUGCACUCACACAGUGGGACUUGCUUUUCCUCUCUCACCCACCCAUCCUCCCCAAAUCUGCUCCAUAGGGUCCCCCAACCCUCCCAAGCUGAUUUUUAGGGUGGGUGGGGGUCCAAGAACCUCAGUGUUGUUCAGUUGUUGCUACAAUUGCACAGCCUUACCUGAAAGUAGAUUUGUGGUGGGUAGGAGAACAGAACUGUGAAAUGGUCCCUGGAGCUUGUCCCUUUAGCAUCUCGUUUUUCAACCUAUCAUAGAAUCAUAGAAUUGUAGAGCUGGAAUUUCAGCUAAAGCAUCCAUGGCCAACCUCUGCUCCCCCCCCCCCAAAUAUCCUUUAUUAGGCAUAGCAAACCACACAUUAUCAAACAGACACCGUAUACAAAUUGUGCAAAAUACAAGAUCAACAUAACAAGGUUUGUCCCAGUCAGAUCUUUAACUCCAAAGAAAAUCAAUUUGCAUAAAUAAUACAAUACAACCACUCAAUCUCUUUAUAAUGGCCCAGUCUUUCUACAUGGACAGCACUCAGAAAUUCAGCCACUAUUAAAGUAAUUUGAUCAUUACUGGUAGCGUAGAAAUCAGCCUAUUGAGUUGUAAGGCCUCUAAUAAUUGUCUUCUGGCAUAAAUGCCAAAAUCACAGGAAAAGAAAAUAUGCUCCAAAGUAUUAGGUUCCUGUUUACUACAUUUGCAGAGAUGCUCUGAUUCUGGGAGAGCUAAAUAUCUUCCUCUCACUAUCAUAUUAAAUCUGGCUAAUAUAAACAUCCUGCACAAUUCAUGAUUCUUCAGAUUUGUCAUGUAUCCCUUUUGAAAAUCUCUACACAAAGGGAGAUUUAAAUAGAGAGGAGAACAAGUGCUGUGCUUUGCAACAGCAAGUCAACCUCUGCUUAAAAACUUCCAAGCAAGGAGAUUCCAUCACCUCCCGAGAGAGACUGUCCCUCAUCAUUUUCCAUUUCAAACUAUGUCUUAUCUCUCCAAGAGAGAAGUAGUACCAACCUCACGACUACAACAAAAAAAUAGGUGUAGAUCCUUAAAGUUUUUUUUCUUUCUUGACCUCCAGGAGGUGGUGAGAAAUGAGACUGGCUUUGUCCGAGACAUUGUUGACCUUGAACCAGAGCCCUGCAAGGACAUUUCCAGAUCCCCGCCUGCACCUCCGCUAGAAAGGAAAGCCAAGCACCAGGCGACUCCUCCCACGGUGACCUCCAAGGCUCUCAGCCCAACGGGCAACUUUCCUUUUGCUGGCCUGCUCUUCAUCCCUCUGGCGUUCACUUGGCUUCUCGCCCCUUCUCAGAGCAGACUCUGA